AUGGCCAGGCAUUUCGGGGACAGUCUCGGCAUGUCGUCCCCAAAAGCAUAUCUAUCAUAUCAUGAUAUCCGUCUCGACACGGAGGAUAUCAAGGCGCUGAAAAGCGAUUGGCUCACAGAUAGUGCCAUUGCAUUCUGGGAAGAAUGGCUUGAGCGGGAGGUUCUCCCGAAAUACCCUCAGGCGCGAAUUGUCCUCCUCCGCCCCGUCAUCUCGCAUCUUUUGAUGCAAACUACGGAUCUCAAAGCCGACGCCUCCGCCCUCCCCGACUUCAGCAAGGUCACCCACGUUUUCCUCCCGAUUAGCGAUAGUCGGGACCGCUGGAAUGCUGAUAGUGGCAGCCACUGGUCGCUGCUCCUUGUUUCGGUCAUCGACCGUGUAGCCUUCCACUACGACUCCCUUGGCGGCUCAAAUUUCUCCGCUGCCAAGCGCGGCGUAGACCGGCUGAGCUUUGUGCUGGGCGUGCCCCUCCGGUUCCACCAGCUGGAGGACACACCCCAGCAGGAGAACAGCAAGGACUGCGGCGUGUUUGUUUGUAUCUUGAUGAGGCACCUCCUCAUCAAGCGCCUACUCAACGCCAACUCGACCGAGAAGGUGUCCAUGUCAAUGGCAGGCAAGAUGAUCGAUAGCCGUGGGGGGCGGAAAGAAAUGCUUCGGAUAGUGGAGUCAUUACGGAAGGAGGGAGAAAGGAGACGGAGCGCGAGUCCGUUUGCGGGUUCACCAAAUGACCCGCCACGGAUCGACUAA